GUCAAUCUUGAGAUUGCUCAGGACACUGACUACCGAUCUUCACGUUUUCUUGAGCCAUCACUACCUUCUUCGCCCCCUUGUCUUUUGCUCUUUUGACGACCACACGUUUUAUUGCCCAGCAAGAUGGCCUUCGCAGGCCAAGCACCCACCAUCAUUGUGCUGAAGGAGGGCACGGAUACCUCUCAGGGAAAGGGCCAGAUUCUUUCGAAUAUCAAUGCCUGUAUCGCAGUGCAAUCUACGAUCAAGAGCACUCUCGGACCGUACGGAGGAGACCUGUUGCUCGUUGACGGCAACGGCAAGCAGACAAUCACCAACGAUGGAGCGACAGUAAUGAAACUUCUGGAUAUCGUCCACCCCGCCGCUCGCAUUCUCACCGAUAUUGCGCGAUCCCAAGACGCCGAAGUUGGCGACGGAACAACAUCGGUCGUCGUCUUGGCUGGCGAGAUUCUAAAAGAAGUCCGGGACCUUGUGGAGCAAGGCGUCAGUUCACAGACCAUCAUCAAGGGUCUACGGAAAGCGAGCGCUGUGGCCGUCAACAAGGUGAAGGAGAUUGCCGUGGAUAUCCUCGAUACGGCGGGCAGCGAGGAGAAGAAGUACGAGACGCUGCGGAGGCUCGCUGGUACGGCGAUGAACAGCAAGCUGAUCAAGCGUAAUUCGGAGUUUUUCACCAAGAUGGUCGUGGAUGCCGUGCUGUCGCUUGACCAGGACGAUCUGAACGAGAAGUUGAUCGGUGUCAAGAAGGUUACCGGUGGUGGCCUUCAGGAGUCCCUCUUCGUCAACGGUGUGGCUUUCAAGAAGACCUUCUCCUACGCCGGUUUCGAGCAGCAGCCCAAGUCGUUCAAGAACCCCAAGAUCGUGUGCUUGAACGUGGAGCUCGAGUUGAAGAGUGAGAAGGACAACGCGGAGGUCCGAGUUGAGCAGGUUUCCGAGUAUCAGGCCAUCGUCGAUGCCGAGUGGCAGAUCAUCUUCAACAAGCUCGAGGCCAUCUACAAGACCGGCGCCAAGGUUGUUCUCAGCAAACUGCCUAUUGGUGAUUUGGCCACGCAGUACUUCGCUGAUCGGGACAUCUUCUGUGCGGGUCGUGUUUCUGCGGACGAUAUGGACCGGGUGUGCCAGGCAACCGGUGCGGCGACGCAGUCGACAUGCAGCGAUAUCCAGGACCGUCAUCUGGGUACCUGCGGCUCUUUCGAAGAGCGCCAAAUUGGUGGCGAGCGUUACAACAUCUUUUCCGAGUGCCCCGGUGCCAAGACCUGCACGCUCGUGCUGCGUGGAGGAGCCGAGCAGUUCAUUGCGGAAGUCGAACGGAGUCUGCACGAUGCCAUCAUGAUUGUGAAGCGUGCUCUCCGCCACACAACCAUCGUUGCCGGUGGUGGUGCCUGCGAGAUGGCGGUGUCGUAUUACCUGCAUGACUUCGCCCAGAACGAUCCCUCCAAGCAGCAGGCCGUCAUCCGGGCGUUUGCCAAGGCACUGGAAGUGAUUCCCCGUCAACUCUGCGACAACGCUGGUUUCGAUGCCACCGACAUUCUGAACCGACUGCGUGUGGAGCACCGCAAGGAGAAUACCUGGGCUGGUGUGGACUUUGACAACGAGGGUGUUCGGGACAACAUGGCCGCCUUUGUGUGGGAACCCAGUCUGGUCAAGGUCAACGCUAUCCAGGCCGCUGUCGAAGCCGCCUGCUUGAUCCUUAGUGUAGACGAGACAAUAAAGAACGAAGAAUCUCAGCAGCCACAGGCGCCGGGGCGCGGUCUUCCCCCGGAGCUGCCCAGCGCGCCCUUGGAGCAGGACGUGGACGCGGCAUGCCCAGAGGGGGCCGGUGAAACAACAAUGACUCGAGGUGACCUCUACGACAAUGGUAGACAGCCCUGGAAAAUGUGAUUUAUGUGGAUAGUGGUUGUGUGGUUAUGUAUGGAGGAUGCUGAAGCUAUGGACGUGCUAGAACUUAGCUAUUACAGUAUUUUUCUUACAAUUGGACGUCAAAUUCAACCAAAUGAUAAAGCAACGGGCAGAUCUGACAUGAAUCAUUGUUCCGUGAAUCGCUGUGGGCACGCAUCUUUAUAUUCCACUCUGCAACCAACCCAUACGAUAGAGAUAUCAUAAGGCUGAAAUUCAUGGAGGCUAACCCUUCGGCCUGUCCGAGUCGGGGAAGAUCAUGGUUCAUGGAUUCGCCAGUCUAAGAUGUAGCGUUAGAAGGGAUAGUCUGUCCAACCCUUGAUUUAACAAAUUCUGGACACUCGGAUUUAAUUAAAUAUUAAAUAACGAUAUGAGGAUAUGCAUGACAAAUUGCUGGUGGACGGGGCUGGCUGAGCGCUAAGCC